AUGCCGGGAGACCCCGGCGGGAUGUAUGUGCCCGUUUAUACGAGACGCUCCGCCGCCCCCUCCCCAACAUCAACAAAUCACGGCGAUGAGGAGGGUGAGGCUGAUCCCGCAUCAAGGAGAUGUUCAAGCACCUCAAGGGCCACAACGUCAACAGCUACCGUACCCCAAGAGCCGGUUGCCCCAUCAGCGGCCGGGCCGAUGGAAGUGGCGCCGGCCGAGGAUAGCGAGGAAAUAGAUACCGUAAUCGGAGAGGAGGGCGCGGAUGCGGAGGAGAUUCCGGAUGAGGAGGCGGAACCGGAAGCUCCGGAAGAAGAGGAAAAGCAUAGAUUAGCCCUGGAGCACGGGCAUGCCAAAAAGCCGAAACUCCCGAAAUUCCCGCAACAACCGCUCGUCUGGGUGCCAGAUCCGGAGGACCCGAUGAGUCCAAAGCUCGGCGCUCUCAGCACAUCAGAUGCUGCUGAAGGCGAGGAUCGUACGGUGAUCAUCGAGGUGCCGAACGGGGCCCAGCCUCCUCAACACUACCUCCCGCCACCGGACCUGCCAGCCGGAACUGUCUCCGAGCUGCCCGCUCGGUUCAACUUCAUCCUCGGCGCGGACGAUACGCCGGAAAACCCGCAUGCGACGGCCCCGAAAAAUCCGGCCCUGCUAGGGAAAGGGGCCCUCAAGCCGAAGCAGUCCAAGGUGUACGACAUUGUCGUGUCGGACGGCACCGGAACACCCUCGCCGAUUACCACAACUACAACGACUACAGAGCCACCUCUGGAGAUUGCCCCUCCAUUCCUCGGGGAUCCGCAGCUGUUGAGUGCGGUCACUGGUCUUUUGACGGCUGGUGCGCUGCUUCCGGCCCUGGGAUUGGCCGAUGGGAUGCCGAUGGUGUCCGCAAUUACAAAAGACGGGUUUACAGUAGCCGGCGCGGAUGGGUUGAACCAUUCCGGUGUUUCCGGCUUCUUUGUCCCCGAGCAGUUUGAACAGACCCAACAGCAACAGCAACGCCCCGAGACGAAGCGGGGUACCGUGUCCGAGGUGAACCCGGGAUCGUUCCCCGGCUCCAGAAUAACCUCUCUCGGCGAGGCCUGGGGUCCGAGCAUAAACCCGUUCGGUUUUGGGCAUGGCCGAGUGACGGAGAAGCCGCAGACUCCGACAUGGGUA